GCUGUGGGCAGCUCAGCUGUCACACGCACACAGGUGGUGUAAGGCAAUAGCCGCGGAGUCAGCUGGCUUCCAGCGCCGGCAGCCGAGCUCCAGACAGAGUGCCAGGGCGCAGGGCAGGCAGCUGGCUGCUGGAGGCCACACCAGUGCCCACAGCCCAUGGAGUUCCCAGUGUUCCUCCUUCUGCUAGGCCUCUGCUCCGCUGGCCUGGUUCUGGGCUCCGAGCAUGAGACGCGUCUGGUGGCAAAGCUAUUUAAAGACUACAGCAGUGUGGUUCGACCAGUGGAGGACCACCGGGAGAUUGUCCAGGUCACCGUGGGCCUACAGCUGAUCCAGCUCAUCAAUGUGGAUGAAGUCAAUCAGAUUGUGACCACCAACAUCCGUCUGAAACAGCAAUGGGUAGAUUGCAACUUGAAAUGGAAUCCAGAUGACUACGGUGGGGUGAAAAAAAUCCACGUCCCCUCAGAAAAGAUCUGGCGGCCUGACGUCGUUCUCUAUAACAAUGCAGAUGGCGACUUUGCCAUUGUCAAAUUCACCAAGGUGCUCCUGGACUACACCGGCCACAUCACCUGGACGCCUCCAGCCAUCUAUAAAAGCUACUGUGAGAUCAUUGUCACCCAUUUUCCCUUCGAUGAGCAGAACUGCAGCAUGAAGCUGGGCACCUGGACCUAUGAUGGCUCUGUGGUGGCCAUCAACCCGGAAAGUGACCAGCCGGACCUGAGUAACUUCAUGGAGAGCGGGGAGUGGGUGAUCAAGGAAGCCAGGGGCUGGAAGCACUGGGUGUUUUACUCCUGCUGCCCCAACACCCCGUACCUGGACAUCACCUACCACUUCGUCAUGCAGCGCCUGCCCCUCUACUUCAUCGUCAACGUCAUCAUUCCCUGCCUGCUCUUCUCCUUCCUAACCAGCCUGGUGUUCUACCUGCCCACAGACUCAGGGGAGAAGAUGACACUGAGUAUCUCUGUCUUACUGUCCCUCACUGUGUUCCUUCUGGUCAUUGUGGAGCUGAUCCCGUCCACCUCCAGUGCCGUGCCUUUGAUUGGGAAGUACAUGCUGUUCACCAUGGUGUUUGUCAUUGCGUCCAUCAUCAUCACCGUCAUUGUCAUCAACACACACCACCGCUCGCCCAGCACCCACAUCAUGCCUGAGUGGGUGCGGAAGGUUUUUAUCGACACUAUCCCAAACGUUAUGUUUUUCUCCACAAUGAAAAGACCAUCCAGAGAUAAACAAGAGAAAAAGAUUUUUACAGAAGACAUAGACAUCUCUGACAUUUCUGGGAAGCCGGGGCCUCCUCCUGUGGGCUUUCACUCUCCCCUGAUCAGGCACCCAGAGGUGAAAAGUGCCAUCGAGGGUGUUAAAUACAUCGCGGAGACCAUGAAGUCAGACCAGGAGUCAAAUAAUGCGUCAGAGGAAUGGAAGUAUGUUGCCAUGGUGAUGGACCACAUUCUCCUUGGAGUCUUUAUGCUGGUAUGUCUCAUCGGGACACUGGCUGUGUUUGCAGGUCGGCUCAUUGAGUUACAUCAGCAAGGAUGAGCAGAAGGUUGAACCUGCCUCUACCCCAGCCCCAACCAGCACUGGAAAGAGGAAGUUCUUUAACACUCACACUCACCAAACACGCAGUGUCCUACAUGUCCUAUUAAUAGUAGUGGUCUCUGUUUAUAGCUAUGGUCUUGAAGUAUUUCCCCUUUGCUUCUCUUCCAACCCCAUGGGUCUUCUUAAAGAGUGAACCCUUUGUAGUAAAUACAAGUGAGCCUUCAAA